UUAGCGCAGUGUUUGGUUUGUGUGCGGUAGUCCGCACUGUCAGACGGACACUACUAGCCAGAAGCAGCAGCCAGGAGACACCCAUUGAAUUAAAGACAGCGUAGGUGGAUCUUGUGGUCAACUUUCUUAAUCUGCACAUGCAGUCCAUGAUCUAGUCACGUAGCCUGACGGCUGCACCGUAACAAUGCCUGAGUCUUCCCAGGUCAAGGGCAUUGGCUGCAGCUCUGCUGAAUGUAGAACACCCCCCACGAGGCCAUUCACCCAAUCACCAUUACACAGAAAUUCCUACAUGCUCGGUGCCUUCUGCACAGAGCACAACGUUCAAGAAUGUCUGUCACACAUCAAUCAGGAGGUGUCAUCACUGGGCCUCUCCUCACUCUGGACAGAGUUAGGUGGAGGCUCACAACUGAAUAUUGUGGCUGUGCUAAACUGCAUGCACGACCUGAUUCAGUUACACCACCGGGGCCUCAAAACGCUGGAAAACAUGGAAGUGGAGCAGCUCAAAGCCAGCAGCAGAUUGGACUAUCUGCAGCUUACGACCACUCAUCUAAAAGAGCAGCUUGAACUUUCCAAAAGAGAAAACACAGGUCUUCUGGAAAGAGAAAGACAGCUCCAGCUGAAAACUAAGAGUUUACAGAACUGCCUGAAAAAUGAAAAAGAAGAGGUUCAAAAACUUCAGAACAUCAUUGCAAGCCGUGCCAGUCAAUACAACCAUGACAUGAAAAGGAAGGAAAGAGAAUUUACCAAACUAAAGGAGAGAUUGAAUCAACUUCUGGCUGACAAAAAGGAGAGAAAACAAGCCAUUGAUGUGCUAAACAGCAUUGGUAGAGCUGACGGAAAAAGAAGCCUUUGGAAAACAGAAAAGACUGAAGCAAAGCACGAGGGGGAGAUGUAUAAGACGCUGCUGAGCAGCUAUGACACCAGACAGCAGGAACUAAUGCUGGAAAACGCUGAGUUGAGGAAAGUGUUGCAGCAAAUGAAAAUAGACAUGGUGUCUAUACUGAGUUCGAGGAAAACCCCUCUAAAAAGCAACAAAAGUGAACAUAAUGGUGCCCAGGCUGCGUCCGAAGAGGAAGAGGAAGAGGUGUUUGACCCCAGUAAGGAAAACAUAGAACUGUACUGUACGAAUGCCCGGGAAAAACUGACCAACAGUAUUCGCCUGCAAUGGAGGAGACUGAAAAGCCACGUCGAGAGACUAGACAGUCAAGUAUCCUUGGCUCAAAUGGACGAGAGUUAUAAAAAUGACUCAGUUCCACGAGAGACUCAUGAGGACGAGAUGAACAGACUAAAGCUGGAGGUGCAACAGUGCAGGGAUUUCAUCCAAACACAGCAGCAGCUCCUACAGCAGCAGCUGAGCUCCCCGUGUGAUGAGGAGCCGGCCUCCCUGCUGACCGAUGGCCACAUGCUGCAGGAGAAGGAGCGCCUCCGGGAGGAGUGGAAAACCCUGGAGGAGCAGAGAAAAAUCUUUGAGAGGGAGAGAGGGAACUUCACCGAAGCCGCAAUUCGACUGAGCCAUGAGAGGCAAGCCUUUGAAGAAGAUCGCGCCACAUGGAUAAAACACCAGUUUUUAAGCUUGAGUCCAUUUGGAGAGUCAAAGAAACCGCUGCUUUCUAAAUCUACAAGUGCCUUUUUGAUAACAGAAAUGGAUGAGAGAGCACAGCUGGCUCGAGAAAAGCUCAUCGAAUGCCACGCUGACUCGGCCUCCUCCACACCCAGAUGUGCUCCGCUCACAUCACCUUCCACAGCUGAGCUGUAUCGCAUGUUUUGCCUUAUCCCAGAAAACGGCUCAAAGAAACCAAAGAAAAAGCCUGAGGAUGUCGAGGAACCAGGCUCCCUCUGCGGCCGUGGUGCCGCCCAGCGCAAGCGGUGGAACGACGGCGAAGACCUCAGCAUGUUCUCACUCACACUAGAGGAGAACAGCUCUUAACAGUCUAAAUCAAUUUUGUCUUCAAAUAAGAAGAAAACGAUCACAGUCUAAAUCACUUUUGUUGUCAAAUAAAAAAAAAUCGUUGUCAGGUUUAGAUCCAAUAGAUGAAUGCCAACCUCUUUGGAUUGGAAAAUGGUAAACAGUGGGAGCCAAUCAUUCUCCACUUAGUUGCUUUUGUUUUUUAUUCAAUGUGACUGGAAAAAUAUUCAGUCUAAUUGUGACUUUUUGAUUUACUCAUAGAAUGCGUUGUGAAUGUAUUUAUUUAUUUAUAUGAUGUAUUCCUAAUUUAAAUAGCUAUACUUUAUCUCACGUGUAGCAGUUGAUUUCUGUAGGAUGAAACUUUAGUGUCAGUGCAGAUGUCCUGCUGACAAGAGGUUUUUUUAGUUGAUGUUGCUGCUAACGUUGUUUCAACAUGUCAAAGCUUGUCAGGUUACUAACCAUCAUGUUGAACUUGUCAGCAUUUUAAAAUCGAUUAAUAGUGCUGUUUCUCAUAAAAGAGGCCGCCACAAAAAAAUGAAAGGAUGUGAGUCUGUUCAGUUUUUGUUUAAGAAAAAGAAGCUAAAAUCUGACUUGCUGCAUUCAAUACCACAAUUGUAUUAGUGAUGUAUGACAAACAGAUAUAAAAUUUUACAAAGUAUUUAUAGUUUAGACGAUAGGUUAGACCACUUCUAAACUUUCAAGUAAUUUGCUAAUACACUGUGGAAUAGUCUGAUUUUUUUUUUUUUAAAUGAGUGGCUUUAUGUUAACAGGACCAGUAAGUGUCAAUCACUGUAACUCUUGAAUGUGAAAUUUCAUUCUACAGUGACACUUAUUUCUAGAUAUAUACAUCUGUAAACUCAAAAGUUUACAAUUUGCCCACAAAGUCCCUUUUAAGUGUGUGGGUUAAGGUUUGAAGCAGCUGUUCAGAACACAUUAUCCUUUAUCAGUGUCAUGGGAGGCGCGAUACAUGAGGGAAACUCUACUGUUAGUAUCACUGACAGUAGGCUGCUUACUGGUGUGGUAGUUAGCCCUAUAAUGAGACAGCAAAAAUGUUUUUGGUUUGAAUCAAGGUAUGGUCGCCCUCAUGGGACCAUUUUUUUGCAUUGUCUUUUUUUUUAAAACCAUGAACCAGCCCUGUAAUGGACCAAUGGCUGCUGUGUUCUUAAAUAGUUUUUUCCAGUUGUGUGCUGAAUAUGUUGGAAAAUACAAUUAAAUGUGUGUCCUCAAAGGGUUCAAAUACAUAACUGGGUACUGAUUGCAAAUUGAAUGUAAAACUACAUCAAUGUGAGAAAAUGGAAGCUGAAAUAAAUCAUUCUCUUCACUAUCAGUCUAAAGAAGAGCGAUUAAAUAUUUACUGAGAUAUCAAAAAGA